UGUGUGUAUACAUAUUCAUAUGUAGUAUGAUAAACGAAACAUUUUCAUUUUGAAAUAUUUCCUAACAGAUAUCGUAUUGCGGACAACCCCCAAUACAUAUUACAUAUCUCUCUGAAGUUAUCACUGAUUUUUCUAUGUUUCGAUAUCUAUGGAUUCGAUCAAACGUUGCUUCGUUAACAAAAAUACCCAACUUCUCGUAAAAAUGACGAAUCGUAAAAAAAAAAAAAAAAAAAAAAAAAGAAGAAGAAGAAGAAGAGAAAAAAAGGAAAAAAAAAAAGACAGUAAAUUAUUAACACCGCGCACUUCUCGCUAUUACUCUUCUACUAUCGUCAUUAUGUUCCGUAUUUUCUAAAUUUAAAGUUUCAUAUCGACUCCCCUUUAAUAAAAAUUCCUCAAUUUUAAAGUGAUCAUACGAUAAGGGAUAUCAAAAUGUUUAGGAAUUGGAUAUUGCAAGACUUUUCUCACGCAUUCCCACCAAGAUCGUUACAGGCAAUAGGAACAACGAGUUUUCACACAAAUCAAAUUAAAAAUCGUAGAUUUUGGAAUCUAUUUGAAUUUUCCCGUAAAGGGAACAAUUUCAAGAAUGCAGAAAAAUUAUCCGAUAACAAAACAAGGACAGACUGCGAUACGAUGAGAACUACGUUAAAAAACGAGGACAAAUUGAACGACGUAUCGAAGGACAUGGUUACGUUGUCUCGUGCAGUUAUGACAAAUUCGAACAAAGUAUGUUCGUUCAAGAAUAUACCAAAGUGCAAUUAUACGUUUCGUUACGUACCACGAAUAAAAUCUAAAAAGAAAAAUUCUAAAAGUAAUUUUCAAAACUACGACGAGUUUACGUCGUUGCUCGAUGGAAAUUUUGUAUCGACGAAUAUGAAAUUGAAAUUGAAGGGUUAUAAGACCCUUAGAAACGAACAUGCUAAAGAUUUUGCAUUUAUACCCGGUGACAAAUCUUUGGAUUUGGAUAUAAUGCCAAUAAAAAAUGAGGAGGAAAAUAUUUCCUAUGAGUUGUCCAAACCAGCCGUCUCGACGGACGUAACAAAGUUACAAACGAUACCAUUGAAAGAAACGAAAGAUUACGGUGAAAUAGAGUCGAACGUUUUUUUUCAUUCUGAAAACAAAAUUUCUAUGAACGAUAUUAAUCCUGAUGAACGAUCGAUAACAAUAUCGAAGGAAGCGCAAGAAUCGUCAUAUAAUUUUGCUAAUGUAAAGGAAAAAAAUGAAACGAGAAGUGAGUUAGAAGAUAGUAUAUUGCAAGUGAACAAAGAAAGAAAAACGAAAAGUUUGGAUCAAUUGGAAUCUCAGAAUCGGAUUAGAUCUAAUCAAAUUGAAUCAAGAGAAAUUCAAAUGAACGAGUCAAAGUUAGAACAAUUACAGGAUAAGAAAAAUGAUAAAGUACAUUUACAAUCCAAUGAAAUUGUAAUAAACAAUUUAAAGGAAGAAUCAUUGUCAAAGAAUAUUUCAAAAGAUUUAUCGAAUUCAAUCGAUCAAACUAAAUUUUCGAUUAAUACGUUAAAUCAGAGAAAAACACAAUAUAACUUUAAAGACUCGGAUAAUGUUAAUAAGAUCGGACAGAGUACGACAUCGUAUUUUCGUUCUAAACGAAUUGGUAUCAACAAGACGUCCAUUGAUUAUUCGAAGAGUAAUUCAAACGAUAGAAAUCUAAAGGAUAAUCCAACAGCGAUGUCGAAGUUUAGAUCGGGCACAAAGAUACCUAGAUACAGUAUGUACGAAUCGAGGAAAGAACAGCAAUUAAGGGCUUCCUCGCCUUGCGGAAUAACGUUCAUUAAAGCACGAGAGAAUUCAACGAAACAAAGAUGGUCCGGUUUAGAUCGAGCUGCCGUUACCAGAUGUUAUACCGGUGGAAGUUCUGGAUGUCACAGCUCAAGAUCUCAAGGAUCUACGCAUCCUUACCCACCUACCUUGCAGACUCGCGAGGUUUCCUCGAAGUGUUACACCAGAGAGAAAGAUCCAAUCGUCAGAUCGAAUAUCAUCGGCUUGUCCUCUAAGAUACUGAGAACGAGAAACUCUGUUACUGAUGGUUUUAUAACUACUAUUAACAUCAACAAUUUAAAACUACAUUCAAAUAUCAAUUCAACGAAUAAAAUUUUCUCAGGAUCGAAAUCAUCGACAGGCAUUCCGAAGACUUCACAAAUGUUCGCUUAUGGAUGUUGUAAAAAACCUAAAAAAUGUUGCAAGAAAAAACGUAAAGAAACUUGCGAUGAGGCGAUGAUACCGGGGAAAGUGAUUUGUACGAAACCAAAGAAGAAAGAUUGUUGUCCAAAACCAAAAUGUCCUAAACCCAAAAAGAAACCGGAUUGUAGGGAACUACCACCACUACGUGCAUCCUGCAAUAAGGCUAAAACUAAAAAGAAGAAAAUUUGUAAACGUUAUUGUUGCCCCUCGUUAAAAGAUAGCGAUUGUUUUAAAACGAGAGGUACAUGUCCAGGAAAGAAAUGCAAUGCCGAAAGAGAAAUGAAAGAUGAAUUUAAUGAAGAAAUGGGUGACACUUCUUGCUUGCCAAACAAAGAAGAAAUGUCGUAUCAAAGGAAAAAUGAUUGUGAUAAUGAUAACAACGAAAGGGAUUGUAACUCGGGUCGUAAUAUGUGUAACGGCCCAAAAAAAUGUAUUAGAAGUUUUAGUUGCGCAGAAAAAGAAGGCAGCUGUUUAGAUACAGUUAAAAAUCAACAAGAGCUUUGUAAUCCGCCUAAGAAGAAAGAUUGUUGUAAACGUAACUCUAGGAGAUCGAAAAGUUGUGGUAACAGACGUUAUCACUCUGGAACGAAAUCUCGUAAGACAAAAUCUUACGUGACCAUUCCAAUGUUUGAUGUCAAUGUGGUCGCAUUAAGACCAUAUCAAAACGAUGCCGUCCUACGGUUCUAUAGCAGUUGUAAAAAUGAUUGGAAGCCACCAACGAUAUGUAAGAAGGAUCAAAACGAAGAUUCCUGCAAGUGUAAAAAACCAGAUCCCCCCAAUUGUUUAAAUGUCAAGAAAUGUGAAAAUUCCACACCGAUAGAAACUACGUGUAUGACAAAGAAGGAUCCUUGUGAUGAUAAACCAAAGGAGGAUCCUUGUGCCGUUAAAAAAACCAAUGAUAUAUGUUGCAAAUCAAAAACUGACGUAUCAUCGUGCAAAGAUCAAAAAGAAGUUCAUCAAGCUAGGUGGGACAGGGAAUUGCGAGAAAUUCAAAAAUGCAAGAACAUUGGUAAAGAAUCAUGUAAAAAGAAGUGCAACAAUUUGGAUAACGUUAUCAGUUCCUGUCAGAAACAUAAAUGCAAUAAGUUCGAAUCGAUCGAUUUAUCCAAUGAUUAUGAUCAUCGAUCUUCCUCCUUUCAACUCAGCAAUUCGUUAAUACCAUUUUGCAUCGGACCAACUGAUUCGUCUCUGUUGAACUUCGGAAUGAAAUCUAAUAAUAUUAUACCUAAUCGAUCGUUCUCUAUAACAAAAAUUAUGAAGGAUAUUUACAGAGAGGAGUUGCCGAUUCUUAUUGAAACUGAAUUACCUGAAAAGGAAUGGGCCGACGAGGAGUCCUCUUCCGAAUAAUAAUAAUUUGUUACGAUUAUUUGCUGCCAUUUGUUAAUGAAAAAAAAAACAAACAAACAAACAAACAAACAUCUGUAAUAUGUUUAAAGGAAAAAAAAAAAAAAACAGCAACGUCAUGGAGAAUAUGCUAAUCAUGAAACUCCUCGGGUACAUCCUAUAUGUCCUUAUAUGUAAGUGCAUUGUCCUUCAAUAUAACACAGAGUCAAAUAAUGAACCAUAAACAUUUUUCAAAUGCUAUAAUAAUGCUAUAUAAUGCAUCAUUAAAUAAUAUUCGUUCAUUCCUAUUACCUAU